AUGAAGCCCUUCAAGUCAUUUUUCCGUACCAUCCGGUCCCCGGAACGAAAGCUCGACUUCAUUUCCAAGCUUCCACUAGAGAUGUCGCAGCUGAUACUACGAAAACUCGAUCCUGAGUCGCUGCUACGUGCUGCGCAAGUCUCGCGUCGAUGGAUGAAUAUUUGCCGGUCUGAUCGUCGUUUAAAAAUCACGGCAAGACAGUACAAAAAGGCGAAAGAGAAUUUUGCCGAAUCGCAGAGAACGUCGACCAGCCUGUCUUGUACGCGUAACGCGGAUGCAAAUGUCAGAAAGAAUAUCGGCUACUGUGACCUCUUGGAUUAUGUUCAGUGCGUAGGUAUAAACCAGGUACAAACCCCAUACAUUUGGGAUAUGAAGUCAGGUGCCCCAAACUUUUUGGAGUGUCAGCAUUCCUCUUCUGGCAUUGACAGUGGCAAUAUGAACGUCAAACGUCGCCGUGUGAGUAAAACGUCGUGCGAGGAGACAACCGAAGUGGACUUUAUCGCCAAACUUCCACUGGAAAAUCUUUGUUGUGCGCCGCAAGAAUAUCGCAUAAAUGGCUGGAAGUUUGUAGUUCCGACAAAUAUCUCAGGAGAAGUGCGAGAAACUACUUACUCGCUGUGGACAUCUGUGCAGAUUGCUUUAGAGGUGUCACGUACGACUUAUAUUUCGACUACUAACGCAGAUCAAUGUAAGUAAGAAGUAAAUAUGAUUUUACAUUUAACUAAUCGUUUUGACAUCUUGGCGAUAAGAGACAUUUUACGAAAUAUAUAAUAGAAUGUUCAAUAGAUAACAAAUAGAUAAAUAUGUGGAUGUAUGUGCAACUGUUGUUUGAAUGAAUUUUUUUCUCUUUUCUUUUUAGCCGGUAACGGUUCCAACUUCUUGGCGUCAAGAAACAUUUUACGA